AUGAUCUUAAAUUCGGCAAGAAAUUUAUUAUUGAAAAGUACAUUAUCAAAGAAUUUGGUAUUAAAUCAAAAUGGUUUAUUACAUAAAUCGAUUCAAAGUACUUUUACAAGGUAUCCUUUAAAAAAAUAUCCGUCAAGAUCAUUUUGUAAUGAUUCACAAGCUGCUAUAGUACCAUUAUUACCAACAUUAUUAUUUUCAAUACCAUUAUUUGUACCAUAUUUCUUAACAUUAAGAAUAAUAGCAUCAAAAACACUUUCACCACAAAUUAGAACCAAAUUAACUUAUUCAUUGGGAUCCACUUUAUUAACUGUACCUACAAUAUUUUUAUUUACAUCAGAUAUUGCACCAAAUACAUAUAGAAAAAGAUUCAUGUUAUUAUGGCCUUGGGAAGAAACAAAAUUGAUUGAUAAAGCUAAUGAAUGUGUUGAAAAUGUUCUUGGAUCUGAAGAAAUAAUACCUGAAAAUGAUAAUCGAAGUAAAUUAAUUAAUCAUAUAUUAGAUCGAAUUUGGAAAUAUAAUAAUAAAAUUAAUUUUAAUUUUAAAAAACCGACGAUUUAUUUAAUUAAAAAUGAUGACAUGUUAGAUGGUGUAUCUUACCCUUGUUCUGUUAUAACUUUAACUACUUCUUGGUUACGUUUAGUUGAUUAUGAUGAAGAUUUAUUAGCAGCUGUAUUAUCUCAUGAAAUUGCUCAUAUAUUACAAAAUCAUGCUUCCGAAUUUUAUGGUUUAUCAUUUACAUUUAAAGCAUUAACUCAACUUCAUGAUAUGUUUUAUGAUUUUUUAAAAUUAUUACCAGGAAUUAAUAAAGAGAAUAUUAAUAAUUGGAUCAGACCUUUAAUUUAUUUACAAAAACAUUCUCAAAUUUUAGAAAAGGAAGCUGAUUUAUUAGGUCAAGAAAUAAUGGCUAAUGCUGGUUAUGAUCCCGCUAAUGCUAUUAAAUUAUGGGAAUUAAUGUGUAAUAUAUCUUCAACUCAAGUUCCUGAUGAAUCUCAUCAUGAUGAUGGUCAUGGUGUUCGUCAUUCUAGUGAAUCUUCUCAUCCUUCUAAAGAACAAAGGGUUAAAUAUCUUACAGAAAAUUUAAUUAAUGUACAAAAAAUUUAUUUUAAUACAAUUACUGAUAAUAAUAAUAAUUUUAAAUCAUUUAAUUAUGAUUUAGGAUUAAGAAGAUUGGAAUUUACUAUUUGGGCUAUAUUCGGUAAAAAUUUAACCUAA